AUCACUUCUCCGAGCUGGGGAAAAGCUGGAAGUGAAGAAAAGCUCUGAGAAGAUGCUGUUGUCCACCUCCGCUGCUAAGCACUGUGGAGUUUGAUCCUUCCAAUCAGGAAGGUCAGAAGCCUCUGAUGUCAUCGGUCAUUCCAGCCUGGCAACCAGUUUGAAGGAAAACACGCGUAACUGCCAGACAGGUGUCCACUUUGGAGAUCGGGGUAAAGGAUAUCUCCUGCCGCCAACCCAGCCUUGGACCAUCCUCCAGAACUGUCCUCCAGAGUCUGGACCACUCUCCAGCAGAUGCCAGGCUCCCUCCAUGCUAAACUUGAACCAUGUCAGACUCUCUCCACCCCUCUACUCCUAUUUCAAGGCGCAGUCUGGCGGGAGAGGGAGGAAGCCAACAAGGAAAUUUAGCAGGAAGGUCCACCGUUAACAGUCUGUACGCAUUUCCAAGAGCAGUAGAAAAUGAAUGAGUCCCAGGGACCAGUGUCAUUCAGGGAUGUGGCCGUGGACUUCACCCAGGAGGAGUGGCAGCAGCUGGAGCCGGAGGAGAAGACCACCUACCGGGACGUGAUGCUGGAGAACUACAGCCACCUUGUCUCCGUGGGGUACGACAGCACCAAACCGAAAGUGAUCCUCAAGCUGGAGCAGGGAGAGGAGCCGUGGGUAGUGGAAGGUGACCUGCCGUGUCGGAGUCGUCCAGAAGUCUGGAAAGUUGAUGACCUGAUAGAGAGAAUCCCAGAAAAUGGAGAUGACAUUUCAAGGCAGGCUGUUUCUACCAACAGCAAAACCCCAAAUGAGGAGAGAGAGGAUGCAUUUGAUACAACACAUAAUGUGGAAACAAGCCUUGUUCCUUCAAGCGUCCUAUCUCACACUUGUGUCUCAUGUGGAAAGAAUUUAGAAUCAACUUCAGAAUUAAUCAUCAGUGACGGCAGCUAUGCGAGAAAGAAACCCAGUGAAUGUAGCGAGUGCGGAAAGACGGACCACGGAGACAAACCCUAUGAGUGUAACCAAAAUGGGGAAGGCUAUUCUCAAAACGCAGAAAGUAUUCUUCAGAACGUUAAUCUUUUGGAGAAACCCUUUGAAUACAGUGAAUGCAUGGAAGCCUUAGACAACGAAGCUGUUUUCCUUACUCAUAAGAGAGCUUAUAUGGGGGAGAAGCCCUACGAAUGGAAUGACUCCGGGUCAGACUUCAUCCAGAUGUCAAAUUUUAAUGUUUACCAGAGAUCACAGAUGGAAUUGAAGCCCUUUGAGUGCAGCGAGUGUGGGAAAUCCUUCUGUAAGAAGUCAAAGUUAAUCAUACAUCAGAGGGCCCACACGGGAGAGAAACCUUAUGAAUGUAAUGUAUGUGGGAAGUCCUUCAGCCAAAAGGGAACCCUCACCGUCCAUCGGAGAUCCCACUUGGAGGAGAAGCCCUAUAAAUGCAAUGAGUGUGGGAAAACCUUCUGUCAGAAGCUACAUCUCACCCAACACCUGAGGACUCAUUCAGGCGAGAAGCCCUAUGAAUGUAAUGAAUGUGGGAAAACCUUCUGCCAAAAGACCCAUCUGACCCUGCACCAGAGGAAUCAUUCAGGAGAGAGACCCUACCCCUGUAACGAAUGUGGGAAAUCCUUCUCCCGCAAGUCUGCCCUCAGUGACCACCAGAGAACGCAUACGGGAGAGAAACUUUACAAAUGUAACGAGUGUGGGAAAUCCUACUACCGAAAAUCUACACUCAUUACCCAUCAGAGGACACACACAGGAGAGAAACCCUAUCAGUGCAGUGAGUGUGGCAAGUUCUUCUCUCGGGUGUCAUACCUCACCAUCCAUUACAGAAGUCAUUUAGAAGAGAAACCCUAUGAAUGUAAUGAGUGUGGCAAAACCUUCAAUUUAAAUUCAGCCUUCAUUAGGCAUCGGAAGGUACACACAGAUGAGAAACCCCACGAAUGUAGUGAAUGCGGAAAGUUCUCUCAGUUCUCCUAUCUCACCGACCAUCCUCCGGCUCCUUUAGGAGAGAAACCCUAUGAAUGUAACGAAUGUGGGAAAAUCUUCCUUGACGGUUCAGCCUUCAGUGGGCACCAGUCACUUCCGAAAGGGGAGAAAUCCUAUGAAUGUAACAUAUGUGGGAAAUUGUUCUCUGAGUUGUCCUACUACACUAUACAUUAUAGAAGUCAUUCGGAAGAGAAACCCUAUGGUUGUAGCGAAUGUGGGAAAACCUUCUCCCAUAACUCCUCCCUCUUUAGACAUCAAAGAGUGCACACAGGCGAGAAGCCCUAUGAGUGUUACGAAUGUGGGAAGUUCUUCUCCCAGAAGUCCUAUCUCACUAUCCACCAUCGGAUCCACUCGGGAGAGAAGCCCUAUGAAUGUAGUAAAUGUGGGAAAGUCUUCUCUCGGAUGUCGAACCUCACUGUACACUAUAGAAGCCAUUCGGGAGAGAAGCCCUACGAAUGUAACGAAUGUGGAAAAGUCUUUUCUCAGAAGUCCUACCUCACCGUGCACUACAGGACUCAUUCCGGAGAGAAGCCCUACGAAUGUAACGAGUGUGGGAAAAAAUUCCACCACAGGUCAGCCUUCAAUAGCCAUCAGAGAAUUCACAGGAGAGGGAGUGUGAACGUACUGGCUGUGGGGGAUCUCCUGUGAAGUCAGAGCCCUCUGAGUAUAUCGAGAUCCAACAAGGAGUCCAAGAUCGGUGUCUGAGAGUUCGUGCUUCUGAAUGGGGAAAAUUCUUCAGGCAUUGGAUUCAUCUUCACCUAAUGUUUUUCACAGAGGAGAGUCCCUAAGGAUGCAAGAAGAAACAGAGCCUUCAAAGCAAGACCCUACAACUCAUUGGACACUAGAUAAUUUAUACAGGCGUGAAACUUGAUAACUAUUUAAUAUUUAUUUUGGAAUUCAAAUUGUAUUUACAUAUCAGGGAAUCACACCAAGGCGAGAUCUGUCUAAAUAAUGAAUGUGGGAAAAUCUGUUGUCUUGGAAAUUGUUAUACUGAAAGCCAUAUUUCUGAUGUAAAUUCACAUGUUUAUAGGGAAGAUACCAGAAGCUAUCAGCUCUGAAUAAACCAUUGUAUAAAAUCAUCAGGAGUUUAUAAUGAGGACAGUACAUAUAUGGCAGUUUCUAUCAUGUUUUAAAAGUGUGUUCUAUCAGUAAUUCUAUGCAAACUUGGAUUUGAAUUAUUUGGGAAAAGGCAGUAUUCUAAUUUGAGUAUUAAGGUGGCAAAAUGUACUGACACGGGAUUAUAUAUUGUGGGUGAAACAUUUGAUAAGUACCAGAUAGUUAAAUACAUAAUUUUCUAUUUGUUUGAAGGUAUUUACAAAUGGGUUUUUCAUGAAUGCCCCAUCAUUAAAUUGUAAGCCCGUGGUUUUUUAUAACGUUUUCAACUACGUUUGAGCAAAAAAAGUUUAAAGUACUAUUUUCAUAAACUAUGCAUAGAUGAUUUGGAGUUAAGUCUGUGUCCGUGAAAGAGGGCCUUGCACUGUGUAGUCUGUAAGAUACACACAAGUCUCAUGCCAUCCUGCAUGGGUUUGAGCGAGCCAUGUGCCGAUACCACGUGAUUCAGAAAUUUCAUCUCUGAUUUUAUUUGAAUACUAUGCCAUUCUUCUCUGCACUGCUUAUUCCCAGUAUUUUGGGACAAAUGCAGGUUUCUGUCAGACAGCUUUAGUUGAUGAACUCAGUGUCCUUUCUCCGCUCAUUCCUUGCUGGAAGAGUUUGGGUAUCCGCCGUUUCUUCACAUGACAUAGAGUGUGAAUCCAGAUUCGUGUAAACCAGUCACGAGAACUCUAUUCGGACUGCCAGUAACUUGCUUAUAGUGGUCACAUGACCCAGUUCUGGGCCAACAGAAUAGAUGGAUGUUGGCAAAAGGAUAAGACAUCGAUCAAUGGGUUUUACUACUCCAGGAACACAAGGGGGGUCAUUUAAUAAUCAAAAAUUAAUUCCUGGACUACAUCACAUAGAAAGAAGUAAUCUAGGAUGCAGAAAAGUCAUGUGGUGGUAAAGUCAACAUUCGUUUAUGUGCUUCACAAACUAUGGAUUUGAGAGGAACUUCCUUCCUUGGAUGAAGAGUGUCUAAAACCACAAAACGACAGCAUGCCUAGUGCUGAAAUUUGCGAAGUUUUCUCCCAAGAUUAAAAAAAAAAAAAAAAAGACAAGGUUAUUUCCUGUCACUAAUUGUAUUCAGUAUUCUGCAGAAAGACCUAGCCAGGAGAGUAAGGGAAGAAAAGUAAUCAGAGAGCAUAAGGAUUAGAAAGAAUUAACACUUUUAUUUGCAGAUGACAUAAUUCUGUACAUGGAAAAUUCUGAGGAAACACGUGAGUAAGUUUAGCAAGGUCCGUGCAUACAAGGUCAUGAUGCAAAAAAUGUUUUAAUAUACCAGCAGUGAACAUAAAAAGUGAAAAACUUAAAAGCAAUACCACUCAACAAUAGCAUCAAAAAUCCUCAAGUGCCUAGAGGGAAAAUUACCCAACACCAUAUUUUCAAAAACUGUAUCCAGGAAAAAAAAAAAAAGACAAAACUUGAGAGGGACUUAUACGAUUCAUGGAUUCCAGGACAGUCUUAAAAAGAUCUCAAUUAUCCCCAAAUUAAUUCAUAAGUUCAAUGCAAUCUUAAAAGUCCUAGUAAAUUUUUUUAUCAAAAUUAAACUAAUUCUCAAAUUCAAAUGAAAAUUCAGAAGGCCAGUAAUAGUAAAGAAUAUCUUCUGGAAUAGAUGGAACAGAAGAACUUACAUUGCUUGAUAUCAAAGAAGACCUGUCGUAAAGCCAUAGAGAUUAUAUUAUAAUUGUGUGGUAUUGGCACAUACAUAAACAAAUUGACCAUUGGGACAAUAAAGGCUCCAGAAACACCCAUACAUAAUACAGUCACUUGGUUUUUGAUGAAAAUGAUAAUCCAGUGUAAUGGGAGAGAUGUUCUUUCUAAUAAAUGUGUUGCCAUUGCGUUUAAUAAUUUAAUAGAAAAUAGAAAUGUGGAUUGAGGUGGAUUGCAGAUCUAAAUAUGAAAUGUAAAAUAAUAAAGCUCUAAGAAGAAAACUUAGUAGACUAUAUGUAACCUUACAGCAAGCAAAAUUUUUCUUACGAUCCCAAAGUCCCCGGGGAUGCCUGGAUGGCUCAGUUGGUUAAACGUCUGACUUUGGCUCAGGUCAUGAUCUCACGGCUCGUGAGUUCGAGCCCUGCGUCCGGCUCUGUGCUGACAGCUCAGAGCCUGGAUUCUGCUUCUGAUUCUGUGUCUCCCUCUCUCUCUCUGCCCCUCUCCUACUUGUGCUCUCUCUCAAAAAUAAACAUUAAAAAAAACUUUUUUUAGAAAAGAUCCCAAAGUCACUGAACUAUAAAUAUAAAAUAAAAUCAGUUAAUUUGGAUAUAUUAAUUUUUUGAAACUUCUGUUUAUCAAAAGGACCCCACUAAGAAAGCAAAUAGGCAAGAAACAGAGGGAAAAGAUACUUAUAACUUAUGUAUACAACAUACGACAGCAGACUUGAGCAUACGGGAGGGGUUGGUGAACGUUUUUGGAAGCGGCCAGAUAAUAAGUACUUGGGGCUUUGUGGGCUGGACAGCCUCUGUGAACAUGUCUGUGUCCUAAUAAUACUUUGUUCAAAAGCACGUGCAACAGCCCGGAUUUGGCCUGCAGGCCAUAGUUUCCAGCUGUGGAUCUGUAACUUAAAAAGAGCGUUUACGGGGACUCCUGGGUGGCUCAGUUGGUUGAGCAUUCUUGUCUCAAUUUUGGCUCAGGUAAUGAUCUCGUGUUUGGUGAGUUCGAGCCCUGCAUAGGGCACCAUGCUGAUAGUGCGGGGAGUGCUUGAGAUUCUCUCUCUUUGUCCCUCCCACAUUCUCUCAAAAUAAAUGAAACUUAAAAAAAGUUUAAAAGGAGCGUUUACAAAUCAAGAAAAAAAUAGAAAAUGGGCAAAAAGAUUGGGGACAUCAGUUAAGAGGAUAUCCAGAUGAUAAUCAUGAACAGUUACAUUAUUAGUAAUCAGGAAAACGCACAUUUAAAAUGCCAUGUGGAACUACCACCCACCCUCUGAGAUGGUUAAAGUGAAAAGCAUGAGAAAGGAUCAAGUUUUGGCAAGGAUGUGAGCCGCGGGAAGCGUGCCCUGCUGGAGCUAUUGCCAACUGGUAUGACCGUUUUGGAAGGCUGUCACUUUUGAACAUGCAUGUACCCUUUUAACCCAAACCUCGCAGAUCUGUGCAUUUAUGACAACCAAAGGACAUACUAGAGUAUUCUUGGCAUAAAACUGCAAGAAACAAUUCUCUGAAGGCAUGCGUGCAGUGGAAUGAGCGAACCCAAGUGGUAUAAUUCACUGCAGAAGACUAGAACAUUAGGAACAAGACCCAGAAGUACUUGCAAUAAUAGCUCAGUUUCACAGAGCUGAACGAGGGAAUCCAGUCACAGGAGCAAACAUACUGUAUGACUCCACCUACGUAAAGUAUAAGAACAGAAAAACUUCCUAUGCAGUUAGAAAUCAGGAUAUCCAUUAGCCUCAGGCAAGGCUGAAAAUGGUAUUUAUCUGGUGCUGGUAAUACUGUUUCUAAAUCUGGGUGCUCAAUAUCUUGAGUGUUCUGUGCACUUAAGAUAUGUGUAUUUUUCUGCAUGUAUAUUAUCUUGAAGUCCUGCAUAAUUUUGAGCAGGAAAUACUCCUUAGAGUAGUUUUAAUGGCAACUACAGAGAUUUCCUACACUGUGACCUUAAAGCUUAAUAUAAAGUAUAUUUUAAGUAAAAUAUUUGAAGAGGUGACAGAGCCAUUACAUAUUUUGUCAUCCUUCCCUUUUGCAUAUAUAAAUGGGUCCGAACCGCCUCUUCCAAUAAAGAACUAAUGUGUGUAAACA